CAUCUUCUGAGCAACCUUGCCAACAAUAUGCCUAAGCAGGUAGAGGUGCGGAUGCAUGAAAGUCAUCUCAGUCCAGUGGAGCCCAGAUCCAGGAACAUCUGUGUGCAGUUCUGCCAGUCCCUGCACAGGAACCUGCUCCUGACCCUCACUGUCUUUGGUGUCAUCCUGGGUGCAGUGUGUGGGGGCCUUCUGCGGCUAGCGACGCCUAUUGAUCCUGACAUCAUCAUGUUGAUAGCCUUCCCAGGAGAUAUACUCAUGAGGAUGCUAAAAAUGCUGAUCCUCCCUUUAAUUAUCUCCAGUUUAAUCACAGGACUGUCUGGUUUGGAUGCUAAAGCAAGUGGCCGGUUGGGUACACGAGCCAUGAUCUACUACAUGUCCACCACCAUCAUUGCUGCUGUGCUGGGAGUGAUUCUGGUCUUAGCCAUCCAUCCAGGGAAUCCAAAACUCAAGAAACAGCUUGGCCAAGGGAAGAAGAAUGAUGAAGUAUCCAGUCUGGAUGCUUUUCUGGACCUGAUCCGAAACCUGUUCCCUGAAAAUCUAGUCCAAGCAUGCUUUCAGCAGAUCCAAACUGUCACCAAGAAGGUACUGGUGCCACCCCCCGUGGAGGAGCCACCCAAUGUCACUGACUCUGCUUUUGCCCUGCUGAACGAGACGGUGCGUGAGGCACCAGAAGCCCAGCUGGUGAUUAAGAAAGGCCUGGAGUUUAAGGAUGGCAUGAACGUGCUGGGUUUGAUAGGAUUCUUUAUUGCUUUUGGCAUUGCUAUGGGGAAAAUGGGAGAACAAGCCAAGAUGAUGGUGGAUUUCUUCAACAUCCUGAAUGAGAUUGUUAUGAAGUUAGUAACCAUGAUCAUGUGGUAUUCUCCUUUGGGCAUUGCUUGCCUCAUCUGUGGGAAAAUCAUUGCCAUCAAGGACUUAGAAGUAGUUGCUAGGCAGCUUGGCAUGUACAUGGUCACUGUGAUUGUGGGCCUUCUCAUCCAUGGAGGGAUCUUCCUGCCUCUGCUCUACUUUGUGAUUACAAGAAAAAGUCCAUUUUCCUUCCUUGCUGGGAUUUUCCAGGCGUGGAUUACAGCACUGGGCACAGCUUCCAGUGCUGGAACGCUGCCGGUGACCUUCCGCUGCCUGGAGGAGAACCUGGGCAUCGACAAGCGUGUGACGAGGUUCGUCCUGCCCGUCGGGGCCACCAUCAACAUGGAUGGCACUGCCCUCUACGAAGCUGUGGCUGCCAUCUUCAUAGCACAGAUGAAUGGGAUUGAGCUGGAUGGAGGCCAGAUAGUCACCGUCAGCUUGACUGCCACCCUUGCGAGCGUCGGAGCUGCCAGCAUCCCCAGUGCUGGGCUGGUCACCAUGCUGCUGAUCCUCACUGCAGUGGGUCUGCCUACCCAGGACAUCAGUUUGCUUGUUGCUGUUGACUGGCUUUUGGACCGGAUGCGGACGUCAGUCAACGUGGUGGGGGAUUCUUUUGGUGCUGGCAUUGUCUACCACCUUUCCAAGGCAGAACUGGACAGCAUCGAUUCCCAUCACAAAGGGCACGAAGACAUUGAAAUGACCAAGACUCAGUCCAUCUACGACGACAUGAAAAACCAUAGGGAAAACAACUCAAACCAGUGUGUUUUUGCAGCUCACAACUCAGUCAUAGUAGAUGAGUGCAAGGUCACACUGGCAACCAAUGGCAAAUCUGCAGACUUCAGUGUUGUUGAAGAAGAGCCUUGGAAACGUGAAAACUAA